AUGGAGCUGUACAACUGGGUCGAAGGCAAGGAUCUGCAGCAGUGGAGCAAAGCUGGGAGGUGCCUGGCCAAGGGGUUCCAAAAAGAGGAGAAGGACAGGAAAGUUUACAGCCAAUUUGGCGAGGACGGAAUCAUAGAGUUCAUAUUCGAUUGCAUCAACACGACCACCAAGUACUAUGUGGAGUUUGGCACCGAGACCUGCAAAGAGUGCACCACAAAGUACCUCCGGGAAAAGGGCUGGAGGAACCUGCACCCGAAGCAGGCCUACAUGGUCAUGGACGUCCCCUCCUCAAACGUGUACGGCUGCUGGUUCGGCGCGUCCGCGCUGGCGCUGGAGCGCAUAAUGCGCGCGUUUGACUACUCGCUGGUCGCGUUUGACCGAUCUGGAGCCGGGAGCAGCGCGCUGCGCGCAUUGCGGGUGGCGGCGGACGGGGCGGGCGCUGCCGCGCUGACUGUGCGCCGCGUCAACCUGUUCUUCGUCCUGGACUCGGUGCUCGGCGGCCCCUUCCCCCACACCUUCGCCGACCUCACGCCCACGCCGGCCCUUGAGGCGUGGCGGCCGAUCCACGACGACUGCCCCUACAAGCUGUGGAUAGAAGUCGAGGAGUCACCCGGCCUUGCGACGCCUACGUGGUGGCGCAACCUCCACCCGGUGGUUGUCACGCACGGGCCCGGCGCCAAUGGGCCGCGCACCUUCAAGAGGAUAGAGCUAGGGGGCGUGCUGUCGGUGGCGGGCUGCGACACCGCUUACGCGCUGCACCAUCGGAAGAAGCGGGCCAUCAACUGCGGGCCGCAAGACGCCUGA